AUGCGUUCCUCUCUGGCCGUUCCGGCCUUCGCAGCCUUGGCCGCUGCCCUUCCUGCUCCUCAGCUCAUCGACCUUGAUAUGGUCAUCGCUCAGCCCAACAUUUCCUACACUACUACUGCCUCGAGCGUAACCUACGAUGUCACCUCCCUCGCCGCUCAGGCUACUGAUGACAUUACUUCGGUUUCAGUGGAUGUCAGCGCUAUCGCUACCCAAACUCCUCUUGCAGUCAUUGGAAAGAGAAGCGCUUGUGCUCCUCAGCCUACUGGAGUCUCUGGAGACUAUGCUCCUCCUGCCAAUGCAAAUGACGAUACUGUAGCGGCAUUCACAGCCAACGCUGCCUUUGCUGCUGCUGCUUCUUCUGCUCCCAUUCCCUCUGGAUAUUCAAACACCUUCACCAACCUGAACGCCAGUAACAAUGCUUAUGGUUAUCUUGGCUACACCACGCUCUCUUCAUACGACACCCAGAAGUGUGCUUCCAAGUGCAAUGCCAUCAAUGGCUGCAUGUCUUUCAACUUGUAUUUUGAAAGAGACCCAAGUGUCGAUCCUGCUGCUGCAUGCCCUAACCCUACCAGUCAAACCAUGAUCAAGUGUGUCUUCUGGGGAGGUCCCGUUUCUUCGUCCAACGCCAACAACUAUGGUCAAUGGCGCAGCCAGUUCCAGGUUGCCAUCGCUGGUUCCAACGGUUACAUGAACAACACCCUCGAAGUCCCUGCUGGUUUCGGCAAUGUUCAGUACCUCAACAAUGCUGCCAUCAACGCUCCGUUAGAUUCCCAGGGUUUCGAUACCUACAUGGGCAGCCGUAUUUUUAAUCAAGGUCCUUUCAACGCUUCUCUCUGUGCUGCCCACUGUCAAGCUCAGAACGCUUACAACAUUGCCCAUCCUCCUAACAACGGCGCUCCUGUCAAGCUCUGCAACUUCUUCAACACUUAUCUGCUUUACCUCAACAAGACUUCCAACAGCCAAGGCCAAUACUGUGCUCUUUAUACCGAGGCUUGGGAUUCCAGCUACGCUACUAACAAGGGCCAGUACCGUGGAAACGACCACUACAUGAUUGAGUACUCUUACACCUUCACCAACACUUUAAACCCUGGCUUCAGCCCCAAGAAGGGUGACACCAACGGCGCCGUUCAUCAGGCCUCUAUUGACAUCAAGUAUGCCACUCUUCAGCCUUUCUGCUCCGCAGCUCUUGGAUACAGCGCUCUUGUUGCUACUGUCACUCCCUCAACCGUCCUUACUCCCAUGGCCACCAGCACUGUUUUGAGCACCACCACGACCACUGCUAGCAUCUUCGCCAAACGCACUGCUGUGACUGACGCCUCCGCAUCUUUGUACACUCCCCCUGUUCUGACGAAGUACCCCGCUUCAGUCCUUUCCAGCGCCUGCUCCAUGGUGGUUACCCAGGCUACUAGCACCUCUACUUCUACAGCUCCUAUCGUCACCGUUCAGGCCGCUACUCAGACAACUCUCGAGACAUCAAUUAUCACCGUCACUGCCUCUCCCAUCCCCAGUACUUGUGGCAACAGUGGAAUUCAGUAUGCUUAUUACGGUGGUGAUGAUUACCAAGAGGGUAGAUAUGUCAACUCCGUCGAGCCUUCGAAGUACGCGUCGAUCGAACCAACAUGGGAGACAACCACGAGCAUGGUUGGCGGCAUCAACGUUGCUGCAGGCACAAGCAUGCAGAUCUACGACUCAAACAUGUUUGUACCCUCUGAAAACUUCAUCUUGAACCACCGUGGCUACGUAAGUUAUUUUCUCACAAAAGCUGAAGUUUCAGAACGCUGA